UGAUGACGUAAUACGUGUGCGACAGUAACGAAAAUCUCCUUCGAAGUUGCAGGUUUUGAUUGUUGCUCUGGAAAUGGGAGACAUGAAGACUCCAGACUUUGAUGACUUGUUGGCAGCUUUUGACAUCCCCGACAUUGAAACCAUUGAGUCCAGUCCAGAGGAGGAGAACAGUGACACAGAAGGAGCUCCAGGAGGGAAAGACAAGACGACGUAUCCAAGUGACCAGAGUGAUGUUCCAGCAGUUAGUGUAAUUGUAAAAAACACUGUGAGAACAGAUACACCAGGGACUGAGAAAGAAAAACGCGUCCACAAUGAUUUCAAAACACAAAAUGAUUCAACAGAAGGGGACUCACAGGCUGCAGAUCCAGAGCUAUGCAACAUUGAAGAUUUAUCAAAGGUUUCCAAUGGCUUAAAGGGAAAUGACUCAAAUACAAUGUCUAAUAUAGAACCAGUACCUCAACAGUUAACAGGGUCCUUAUCAACCACUUUUGAACAUGAAAGCAAAACGAAUGAUACUACUGUACCACUGCAACUUUCACAAGACGCUAAGGACAGUAUAAAACCUCUUUUUAAUACCAAGUUGUCAACCAUUGGAAGCAUCAGUCCCGUUUUAUCUCCUUCUCAGGUCAGCAAUCCAAAUACAAGUACCCCAUCACCCUACAACAUCAAAACUCGACUAAAUCAUUUCAACCAAUCAGAUGAGGAAUACUCUGAUCCUGAUUUAGAAGGAGCAUUAGUCAUCCAAGAGAGUCCAGAGUCUGCAGAAUCAGCAAUACCCCCCAAACGACCUAAACUAAAACAUAAGCCAGAUGUUAAUCUGUAUUUGAGUGAUUCUUCUGAAAAAAUAUCAAAUUCCAUUCACACAUCUUCUGCUUCUCUGUUGGACAAUUCAGAUCUUAAGAAUGAAGCAAAAACAGGUACCCCGAGCCAAGCUGCUCCGCUCCCCUGCCCGCCUCCAUUGGUAAAAGAUGAGAAAUAUCCAGAACAUGUGAUCGAUGAGCGGGAUUCCCCUGAAAGUCCACCCCCUAGUGAAACAGGGAUGCUGGUUCCCAGAAGAAGCCCUGAACUGCCACAAACUAACACUGAAUGCACAGAGCAAAGACCAAAGGAAUGUGAAGCAAGCAAGGAUACUGCGGAAAUGACAGAAGAGAUGAACUCUGAAAUUGAGGAGAAAUUCACAAGCACAGUAACAGAUCCGCCUUCUCUGGGUCCAGUCAAAGUUAAAAUGAAAAGAUCUGCCAGAGCUGGUUGUGCUAAAAGAGGUGGAAGAACCAAAACUGAAGCUGUGAAAACUAUAAAGGCUGAAUCUGCCACAAGGCCCAGAAGAAAAUCAAUGAAGCAAUCCAAGGAGGAAGCAGCAACAGCAGGAAAAGGAACCAAGAUAAAAUUGUCCUCUGCGCCUGAGAUCAGCUUAAAAACUACUGCAAAAGUCACUGCUGCGGGGAUAACUCUACGUAGUCUUGGACAGAAAACUCUACCUGGAGGAGUUACUUUACCUCUGCCUUCACUACUGCCCCCUCUCAGCAGCAGCAGUAGACCAGCGUCUAUUGUCAACAGCACAGGAGCCAUCAUAUCUAAAAGUCAGACCAAUCUGGUGGAAGCUUUUAAUCGAAUUUUAAAUAACAAAAAUCUGCUGCCCAGUUACAAACCAGACCUAGCCUCCUCCCGCCAGGCAGAGUGGGGCCUCUCUUUGCCAGCUCAGGGCUACAGGUGUCUGGAGUGUGGGGAUUCCUUUGCUUUGGAGCAGAGUUUAGCACGACAUUAUGACCGGCGCUCGCUGAGGAUUGAGGUGACCUGUAACCACUGUGCCAAGCGCCUGGCCUUCUUUAACAAGUGCAGUCUGCUGCUACAUGCCCGCGAGCACAAGGAGAGAGGCCUGAUCAUGCAGUGCUCACAUCUAGUGAUGAAGCCUGUCCCUGUGGAGCAAAUGAUCGGCCCGCACGAGCCCGCAGCAGCAGCUGGUCUGUAUGUUUAUCCAGGUCCUUCCUUUUUCCUGUUUGUAUCUCAUGUUUUUCUGUUUUUUGUUUUUUUUACAGUGCUAUCAUCUGUUUUAUCCAAUGUCAACCCAAACACCACAUCUGUCAGAAAAACAGAGGAGGUUCAGUACGGCAAUCAUAAAUGUCCAGAGUGUCAGACGCAGUUCAGUGGUGGUGAAGAGGUGGCCAAGCAUUUUCAGGAACUUAAAUCUCAAACCACUACAUGCACAGAGUGCUCUCCUCCGAUGCUGUUGUCCAACAGCUGCUGUGCCGCAGCUCAUCAGCGUAUUCACCUGAACUCUGCUCCACAUGUGUGUCCGGAGUGUGGAGGCACCUCCAAACCACCCACCUUCAAAACUCAUCUGGAGGAGACCUGCUUCCACUUUGCACGCCGCAUCGGAUACAGGUGCUCCAGUUGUUUGGUGGUGUUUGGAGGCAUAAACUCAGUGAAGUCUCACAUCCAGCAGGCUCACUGUGACAUGUUCCAGAAAUGCCCCAUUUGCCCCAUGGCGUUUAAAUCUGCCCCAAGCAUCCAGAACCACAUCACUGCUCAGCACCCCACACUCACAGACACCCAGGCCAUAUCCAUCUUUAAGUGUGUCAUGUGUGACACAGUUUUUACCAACAAAAACCUGCUUUAUAUCCACUUCGACACACAUUUAGCCAAUCAGAAAGUGCACGUCUUCAAAUGCCCCGAGUGUCCCAAACAGUUUUCUGUCAGAUCUUCUUUAAUGGAUCAUUUAAAGACUCAUCACACUAAAGUCAAACAGGAGUCUCCUCUACUGGCUCAGUCACAACCCUCAGUGAAGAUGGAGAGCUCAGAAGGGGAAGAAUGGAGCACCCCAGCCAAAGAAGCAACGCCUCAAAAGACACGGAAGCAUUUUCCCUGUACCAAAUGUGAGAGCUCAUUUUCCACAACGUCAAACCUGAGGCGACACAUCAGAGACAAACACAAAACUGUUGCUCGCAGUUUCAGAUGCCAGUUCUGCACUGACAUGAAGAAGACCUUCAGCAGCAGAGCCAUGUUAGAGAAGCACAUUAAACUGAGACACACCCUUGAGGCGAGGGACCAGGACUUUGUCAUGGAAGGUGGUGACGAGGCGGACAGCUCCUCAGAACAAGAUGGUGGCUCUGUAUUUCGCCGCAGACGUAGAGCGGCCAUAAAUUCCGAGCAGGAGGAGGAGUCUGUACAGGAGGUGCGUCUGGCGAAGAAAUGGCGUUCGUCCUCUGCUUUGUCUUCUGACCCCCAAAUUGAGAAAGGCUUUCGUUGCGCCCCCUGUGGCUACACGUGUGAAGAGCAGGCAGAGUUUUUGGAGCACAUCAGCCAACACCGCAAAGGGGCAGGUGGCAGCUCUCAACAAUGUUUGCAGUGUGGAGUUUGUUUCACCUCCAACCACUCUUUGUCACGCCAUCGCUUUAUCGUACAUAGAGUCAGAGAUCAAGAAAGCCAAGAAACAACCAACACAUGUCCCACCCCCUCUCCAAACGAAAACCAUGAGGAUAAUAAAUGUGUAUUUUCUGCACCAGAAUCGCCCGCCUUAUCUCAGGGGAAGGACAGCGAGGGGGCCUUGGCUUGUAAAGUGUGUGGUAAGCACUUUGAGAAGGCGACAGAUCUUAAUACACACUUCAGAACUCAUGGGAUGGCGUUUAUAAAUGCGAGAAACACAGCGAAAACUACCUGAGUUAUAACGCUAGCUGUAACAAUCAUUUGGAGUGCCUUAAAUAUAAAGAAGACAUGUUAUACAAUGCAAAAUGGUUAAUCAUUAGCUUUCUCAGAGUUGUAUUUCGAGUCAUGUGUGUUUGAGUAAUCCUGCAUUUGAGGCUUUAGUUCUCAAAAAAAAAAAAUCAGUUUGGAGUAGGGUUGUAGGCGACUAAAGGCAUCCUGCCAAUCGAUUAGCUGUCUAAAAUGGGGUGUGGCAAAAGCUUUCAAAACUAUUAUCUCUAUGAUCUGACUGCAACUGCAUGGGAGUUCACGCAAAAACACUAAACCUAAAGACAAAAUUUGUGAUCUGCCUUUUUACAAAUAAAUACCAAAAAUUCCAAAUCUUUAGUUAACUUACUCAUUCAUUCACUCCUCUUUUCUGCUGUUGUCCCAUUAUAAAUCCUUUUAAAUAGUAAAAUGAUUAGUCGAAGAACUACAGCCCUAGUUUGCACCUAGCACAUGUCUCCACCCAUGGCCCUGUCCUUACUGGGAUUGUUCAAAGGGGCUGGGCCAGGAGCAGCAAAUCACUUACAUGUUUUAAUAGUUACUGCGCAGUUCUGUCAUUAGGUUGUUUUAGAUCAAUAUUGCAGUUUAUAAGCAACACAAGUGAAAUGAUGAGAUGGUAAAAUAUACAAGUGCAUAAUAUGUCCUCUUUAAAGGUGUGCUAUGUAACUUUUCUAGUGUAGUGUCUGCCACCUGCUUGUCUCACAUGAAGAAGUUAUUGCUUUGCCUGGAAUGUUAAACUUUCCUCCAUGGAGACAAGCUGGUGACAUCACUAGCCCAAGUAACUGGUCAGAUCUGUGGAGAAACAACCCCGCCCACAGCUAUAAUGCACAUUUUUUACAUGGUAUUUUUUAGCAAUAUGGACACUUAUUUAAUAAAUACAAGAUGGAUAUAUUUAAUGCCAUACAGUGGGGCAUCUCCAGGGAGUCAAGCAGGUGGUAAAAGUUACAUAGUGUGAUUGUUUAAAGGUGUUCUAUCUUAAGAUAAAAAAACAAAAAAACAAACAAACAUCUGAAUUGAAUAGGGCUAAGAAACACGCUUUGGCCUUACUCUUUACUCAGGAUUGAUCAUAUAAUUUGGUUUGACACUGCUAUCAGAACGAGAAAUUGUGAUAAUAAUUUUGCAACCCUAUAUAAUAAUACAAUAUUUUUAUACCUUCUAGUACUUUUGUGUUUUUAUGGUUUGGUCUAAUUAGCCUGGAUGCAGGUUUACUGAUGUUUUGCCCAAGCCCAACAAGCUAGUUUCAAAGAGGCAUUUUAUACUAAUAAUUAAUGCUAUUGUCUAUAAUCUUAAACUGAAUAACUGAUUUAUUUUUCUUUCUUCCAAAAUAUGUUUGCGUGUUUUGAUACCCUGGGAUCCUUUUGUAGUCACUGUAAUUAUGCGUGUGAAGGUAUGUGUUUCAAGGCGUUUGUGUGAGGCUAAAUAUUAAUAUAAUGUUUAAAUUUUAUGUUAAAAUAUGAGUUGAAUAGUUUAUAACCAGCUUUUACACCUUGCUGUUAAUUCUUGCUAAAAUGUGAUUAAA